AUGGGACAUGGGCUGUUUCUGGUGUCGGGCUGGACCACGGGCUGCUGUUGGGCUGGUGUUGAUGGCUGCUGGUGGGCUGCGAAUUGGGCUCCCCUGGACUGCUCUGAUCUGCUAGGUGUUAAACAAUUGGUACCGUUCAUCCUACACCUCAGAGAAGCCCACUUGACCGUUGUGGAUAGGUUCCCGUACGACGAGGACUUCGGAUUGGUUCAUCUGAAGGUGCCGGCACCGGGCUCGCCGAAACGACAGUUCAUCGGAUACGGGACGGAUGGCGCAGUGUUCGCCUUGCACAUCCACCCUUGCGGCAUGGACACCGCGGUAUCCUUCGUGUGCGUCAGGCCGGCGGCGUGCAACUUCCCCCGUUAUAGGGUGACGAUGUGGGCGAACGGCCCGCGUAAGCUUACCGAGGAACACUUGUUUGACGUGGUGAAGGCGGUAUUAGAGCCGACGAGCAGCCCGACUCCGGGCACAGUUUCUUUGGGAGAUGUCACUUCGUUCCUCACGGUGCCACCGCGGUACCUGUGCGGCAAUGAAUCAUCGAAGCAGCUGACUAUCUAUUUGCGCAUCGAUAAGGAGUGA